AUGAUCAAGCAAAUGGAAAUUAUUGGCGACAGCAAGGUCGGUAUCCUCGAAGAAAAAGCGGACGCUGUUGGCCUAUGCCGACAAAUUGCUCUGAACAAGGACAAAGAUAACAAUGAUGAUGCCUUCAUGCUUGUCGACCUAGACGUUGUAUUCGAUCGCUUUGCUCUAUGGAAACGUGAACUGCCAAUGAUUGAGGUUGGUUUGGAAGUUUUUGGCAAUCUUCCAGAACUCUAGCA